GACCGCCCGGCUCGUCGAGGGCUUGCAUCAGCAGUACAGCAGCCCGACCGCGCUACUCUCUCGCCUGCGCGCCCCGCUCAGCGCCGCCACCUCCGCCCUCCUCCUGAGCAGCCCCGCCGUCUCUCGCCGACGGCGCCGCCUCGACACCAAGAACUCGCGCGAGCAGCUCAAUCGCCUUCAAGAGCACCUCUCGUCGGCCUCACGCCUACCGCAGGUUCGGCCGGUCACGAGCGCGGCAACGCACUCAAGGCGCUCCCCGACUUCUUGGACCCGCUCGCCGACCCGCACCUCUUCUACCUGCCGCCAAACGGCAUGCCCAACCCGGGCAUGUUGCCCCAGCAGGGCUACCCUGGCCAACCCGGCCAGCCCCAGCCCCAGCCCUUCAACCUCGCCGCCCUGCAGCAGCAGCAGCAGCAGCAGCAGGUGCCGCCCGUCCAGGUCCCGCAGCGCAACGGCACGCCUCAGCAACUGCCGCAGGGCUUCCCCGGCGGGCCGGCGGGCAUGCCGCAGCCGUUCAUGGGCGCCGGGCCGCCGCCGGGCAUGAUGCAGGCGCCGCCGCCGCAGCCGCAACAUCCCUCGGCGGGCCAGGUCAACAUGGCGGCGUUUGAGCAGCUCUUGCGGUCGGGCCAGCUCACGCCUGAGCAGUUCGCGACGCUGCAGAGCCAGAUCCGCACGCACCAGCAGCAGCAGGCGCAGAAGCAGGCCCAGGCGCAAGCUCAAGCCGUCGCCAACGCCUCGCAGCAACAGCAGCACCUGCAGCACCAACAGCAGCAGCAGCAGCCGUCGAUGGCGUUCCUCGGCGGCGCCCCUCCUCAGCAGCAGCAGCAGCAGCAGCAGCCCACGCCCAUACCCGCCCAACCUGUCGCACACGCUCAACAACCACCACCCGGCGGCGGCGACCACAUCCCGAUCCAGCUCCUGCAGCAGUACUCGGCGCAGCUCGCCCAGAUGCGGUCACUCCAGCAGAAGCUCAACCUCCUCGGCACGGCGCUCCAGACGGGCGUCGUCGGCGGGCAGCAGGGCGCCGACGGCCAGGUGCAGGGGCAGACGCGCCUCAGUCCGCAACAGCGGCCGCUCGUCGAGAAGCAGCUCGACGAGACGAAGCGCCAGGUCGGCGCCUUGGUCGUGCCGAUCCAGAACUUCCAGAAGCAGUGGACGCCCCAGCGCAUCCAGGCCGACUUCCAGUUCUACCAGUCGCAGCGCACGGGCCAGCAGUCGACGCCGCUCCAGCCUCAGCAGCCGCUUCCUGUUCCUCAACAGCAGCAGCAGCAGCAGCAGCAGCGUCCGCCGCUCCAGUCGAUGCCGUCCGCGCCGGCGCCGAACCUGUACAGCAGCCCUCAGCAGCAGCAGGCCGCCCUCACGGCCCAGAUGCUGCAGCGCCAGGCGCAGGCGCAGAUGCAGGCGCAGGCCCAAGCGCAAGCGCAGGCGCAGGCCAUCGCUGCCGCUGCCGCCGCCGGCAGGUCGACGCCCGUCCAGCAGGCGCCUCAACCGCUCGCGCCGCCGCCUCAGCAGAACUACCAGCCCCAGCCCGUCGUCCAACAGCCUCAACAGCAGCAGCAGCAGCAGUUCAUGCCGACGCAGCAGAUGAUGCCGCCGCCGGCCAUGCCGCCGCUCCACCUGCUCCAGAACCAGCUCAACCCUCAACUCUUCAUGAAGUCGCUGUUCGAGGUCAUGCGCAAACGCGGCGAGCCGAUCGACACGACGCCGUACUGUGACGGGCGCGAAGUCGACCUGUACCAGCUCUACCAGGCCGUCAUGGUGCACGGCGGGAGCCAGCAGGUCAACCAGCACGGCACGUGGCACCGCAUCGCGGCGCACCUCGGGUACCCGGCCGACACGUCGCACCAAGCCCUGCGCGACGCGCCGCCCGACACGCAGCGCAUCUCGCUCGAGCUCGCCCGCCUGUACCAGAAGAUGCUGCGCCCGUUCGAGGAGAUCUGGGGCAAGUCGCUCGUCACGCAGCAGCAGCGCAUCCUCGAGGCGCAGCGGGCCGGCCAGGCUGUCGCGGGCAUGCAGCCUCAAGCCGCACCGCCACCGCCGCCGCCUCAAGCGCAGCAGCCGCAGCAGCAACCGCAACUGCAGCAGCAGCAGCAGCAGCAGCAGGCGCCCCAACAGCCGCAGCGGCCGCCGUCGCAGAACGCGGCCUCGCGUCCCGGGCCCCAGCAGGCGCCGAGCGCGAGCCAGCUCGAGGCGUCUCGGCAGCAGCUCCUCCAGCAGGCCAAGGCGGCGUCGCUCGCGGCGCAGCAGGUCGGCGCCGGCGGUGCCGCGCUCGCCGCCAAGCAGCAGCAGCAGCAGGGCCAGCAGGGCCAGCAGCUGCAAAACGGCGGCCCGGCGGCGGGAGCGGGCGUGGGCAAGGUCAACACGGAGCCGACGCUCGAGCAGGUCGCCGAGGCGAGGAACUCGGUGGCGCAGAUCCGGCUCUCGAUCGACCAGACGAGGCCCAAGCUCAAGCUGCUCGAGGUCGCCGACGACCAGAAGCCCGCCGUCGCUCGCCUCACGAGCGAGCUCAUCCCGCACGUCCGCAAGGUCAUGGACACGCUGCCGCUCUUCCUCGCCAUGACGGGCGACGAGUCGGCCGUUCGCAAGAUGCUCACCUUCGCGGCCAUCUUCCAGGACCAGAUGCGGUACAUGGCGACGAGCCAGUUCGCGCUCGACCUGUCGGGCCUCACGCAGCUGCGCGAGCAGUUCCAGCGCUGCUGGAACUUCAUGAAGCAGAACCCGCUCGGUCGAGGGACGGGCGCCGUCGCCGGCCAGCAGCAGCAGCAGCGUCCCGCCGCCCAAGGUGCCGCCAGCUCGCCGCCGAUCAAGCCCGAGCAGUUCAACGCCGCCGCGCAAGGUCGAGGCCUGCGCGUCGAGGACCUCAAGCCGCCGCCGAUGAAGCACCGCCGCACGGCGUCGGGCGUCGCCGGCACGAGCCCGGCCGCAGCACCGUCGCCGUCGACGCCGCAAACCGCCGCCGGCUCGCCCCCUCAAGCCGGCGCAACGCCCGGCGCGACCAAGCCCGCCAAGGCGCGUCGCGGCGGCGUCAAGAAGGAGCCGGCGGGAGGCUUCCCUGGCUCGUCACCGGCGGCGGGCGCAUCCCCGGCCGCGACGCUCGCCGCCCUGCGCUCGGACCUGAUCAAGGACUCGCCGAGCCCGAUGGGCAUCGUCGUGCCGCCGGCGCCCGUCCUCGUCCCCGAGGAGCCGCCGUCGCUCAAGCGCAAGCGCGAGGAGGACGAGAUGGACCGGGACCCGAACGCGUUCAUCGAGCGCACCCUGCGCAUCAUCGACCAGCCCGUCUUUGCGCCAGCCGACUUUGGCAUCGUCGGUGGCGGCGGCGGCGGCGGCAGCGGCGCACCGGCGAAUGGGCCGACGCACGCCGCCGGGCUCUCGCUCGAGCUGGACCCGGCCAUCCCGCCCGUCGUCAACGACGGCCCGGCUCCCCCUCUCUCCUUCGCCGCUUACUCGUCGUCCUCGUCCUACUCCGACCCUCUCGCACCCUCGUUCGCCUCCGUCGACCCGACUGCCCCGGCCGUCGCCGCCGCCGCCGCCACCGCCGCCCCACCACCCGAGCAGCCUUUCGACUUCAACGUCUGGCUCGACGCGUCGGCCGCCGGCUUCGACACGCCCGACGGCGCCGACGCCUCGACGCCCGACCUCGUCGGCAGCUCGAGCGGCUCGGCGCCGACGCCCGCGACGCCGGGCGACGCGCUCGCGUCGACGCCGCAGACGUCGACCGCGUUGCUCGCCAAGAGCCCGUCCAAGCAGGCGCUCGGCACGGUCGUCGAGGACGCGCCGCCGAUCGACGACGCGUACCAUGGGUCGGGCUGCCUCGUCGUCGACGACGUCGAUGCGUGGCUGUCGGGCGGCAAGGCGAGCGAGCUGUCGGACACGUUCUCGUGGACGGCGCGACAGGGCAACGACACGCCCGCUCUCGCCUCGUCGUGGGGCUUCUACCCAGGCUUCUGAGUGCCCCACCCUCCCUUUGUCACCCUGUCGUCGCACACUCUCUUCUUGUCUCCUCG